UUCAUGAUAGAUCUCUCACAGAGAUAGGUUAAGUUCUUAUUUUGAUAGUGUUAAUAUUUAUCAUCAAUGGCUUAUCGAAGAAGAAAAUCAAGGCUAUCAGGAGAGCUACCCAAUCCCAGAGGGCCAUCGUGGCUUCAUCAGUGAUGCCAAACUUCUGCAGAUGCUGAGAGAGAGGCCAUGGAAGCAAAGCAAAGAAAGAUAAGUGCUAUCCAUGAGAAUUAUGUCCGGACUACUCUCAUCGGGGUUGGCAGCACCUUCGCGCACCACUUCGUCCCCUCUAUUCAGUGCAUUCCGCGGCCGAAAACUCCACCGAGGCCUUUGCCCCGAAGGCUUGAACACAUAGCUCUGUCCCCACUGAAGAACGUAGUGGGGGUGGACGGAGCCGAAGUUGGACCCGGAUCUCACUCUCUGGAGUCCAUCCAGGUAAAUAAGUCAUUCAGCAGCAGUAGCGUGCGGCCUGUUCCCGUCCCUCCCACUGGAGCUCCCUCCAAGAGGGGCAAGAAGAAGAAGGGCAGGCGGGGAGUCAAAGCCCUGAAAGUCCAGUCGGACCAUGGCUGUCCUGACAACAAUGGACCCAUUGACCUGAUGGAGGAGGUGAGGGACAUCGAGGCUCACCUGAAGGAGGAGGCCUGGAAGGUGGUACAUGAGGUGAAGGCCAUGAGCAGGAGAAGUUCCCAUGGGGGAAAUAGCCACCAGCUCCUUGGGAAGCCUGAGCUCAGUGGAUAUGAACACCCCUGCGGAGCUCCGUGACUACUUGGAUGUUGGGACCCCGGUCAAGUCGCGUGACAGCCCACCCAGGCCUGCUCCCCCUCCUACCAAGCCCAGGAGCAAACUGCCUCGGCCUAUAAGGUUCCUUAGCCUGCCAAAGGCUGCCACCGGCUCAGACAAGAAGGCAGCCAGUGAGCCAAAGGGCCAAAUAAAGAAAAGUCAAGACCAGGCCAGGUUGCAGCCCCUGUCCAACCCAGAGCAGGCCCUGACUAAGACCUUCAAGCUGCUCCACUCUGCCUCUGAUGACUGGGAGAAGAAGAUUGAGGGCUUGACCUCUCUCCGUGUGAUGGCUCAGAACCACAUGGACAUACUGAUGCCUAAACUCCAUGAUAUCUGCCUUGCCAUUAUAAAUGAGGUGAAGAACCUGCGCUCUGCAGUGUCCUGUGCUGCCAUGGCCACACUGGGUGACAUGUACGUCCACCUCCAGAGGGCCAUGGACAGUGAGGUGGAGGGGACGGCACGCGUGCUGCUGCACAAAGCCAGCGAGGCCAACACCUUCAUCCGGCAGGGCGCCAACUGUGCCCUGGGUCACAUGGUGCAGAGCUGCACCCCUACCCGUGUCAUGAAUGCCCUGCUGGUCGGUGGGCUGAGCCACCGUAACGCUGCGGCAUCAUGGUCGCAAUAUCUUGAGAAACGUGGCCACUAAAAUGUGGGACAAAUUCGCCGAGGAAAGAGCGAGAAUCCUUGAGGGAGGUCAUCUCAAAGGUUAACCUCAAAGAAAGGCACAUUCUCUCUGGAUGAUUAGAAGAAGUAUGACAAAUGAGCUGAUAUGAUUACAGAAAUCCAAUCCCACUGGGCACAGACAUCAGUUCAAUGUCUAGUUUUGAUUUAAACUUGGGAAAUCAACCAAAAUGUGAAAACAACCAAAAAUGUUGGUUAAAAGUUGGGUGAAAAAAAAUCCAAUUGUGUGUUCCACAUUGAUUCACCGUCAUCACAUAGCUUUUUUGUUGUUGUUGGAAAGAGGUGGAAAUAACGUUUAUUCAACCAGUUUUGGCCCAAUGGGAUGAAUUUAAUAUACUGUAAGAUUAUACCUUUCUGUCUUUUCUCUUUUUCAACAGGAAUAUCUGAAUAGUCCCCAACUUGACUAUAUAUUUGUAUCUAAAUAUUUGCACAUUUCCCAACUUGACUAUUAACCCCUCCAGUCCCCAAACUCCAAUAUUUUCGUUCAUUCUAAGAAAUUUGACACUAUCAUCCAAACCCCCAUGUAAAUGCAUUUUUAAGCUGCAUUGACUCCUUGUCCAAGUCCUAAAUUCACUACAAGGCAAUAUGAACCAUAUUCAAAGCACUAAAUGACCUUUCCUCGAAGCUCCUAUCUGAUCUACCAGCUCAAUAGUGGUCUACUGAAACCAUACUCACCAUCUCAGGGGGUGCUCAGAUCAUCAACCACUGACCUCCACACAUCCUCAAAACCAGCAGUCCUCUUUUGGAGGCAGAUUGGUCAGUGCUCCUGUAUGGCAGCAACAUUGUGGAUUUUCAUCCAAUACUUCUGGACUAUGAGAACAUUCUUUGGACAAUAAAAUUAGGUAAAAUGGAAGCUGGCUACAGUCUCAGUUUUAUCCUCCAAGACAGUGUGAGGAUGUGUAACAACAAUACCUGUGGUUUAACUUGAUGAUCAGGGCCAGAUUACCGAAUGGGCACGCAGGGCACCUGCCCUGUGGGCCCCGACCUCCAGGGAAUAUCAUCAUAACAUCCAAAACUAAAAGUAUAGUGGAUGUAUAUUACAGUACGUGGAUAUUUUACAAUUUGUGAGCUCGUUUCAUAAUUUGUAGCCAUGUUUUAUAUAAAUUUGUGCUCAUUUGGUAGAAAGUCGUGAGCAUUUAAAAAAAAAUUGUGGGGAUGUUUUAUAUCAAUUUGCUUACUGGUGCUCUUCCAUGCC